CGUAGAUGCUUCGUUCUAUUGGUGCAUUGUUGUUCGGUGCAUUAGCUGAUAGAUAUGGGCGUCGAUGGCCGCUCAUGAUUGAUAUUGUGCUAUUUUCAGUCAUCAAUAUGGCGAGUGGCUUCUCCCCGAAUCUGCAGACCUUCAUUGGCCUUCGUGCAGUAUUUGGCAUAGCAAUGGGUGGUGAAUGGGGCUUAGGCGCGAGCUUAGCGUUGGAGACUCUCCCAGUAGAGGCUAGAGGAUUGUUUUCAGGCAUAUAUCAAGAAGGUUACGCCUGUGGUUAUUUGUUGGCUACACUUGUUAAUUAUGCUAUAGUACAAACAAACUCUAGCUGGCGCAUCAUCUUCUGGGUGGGUGCUGGUUUUGCGUUGCUAGCCGUCGUUAUUCGAAUAUGGGUGCCAGAAUCGCCAACGUUCGAAAAGCAAAGAGAAGCAAGAAAAGUAUUAAAGCGCUCCUUAUGGACAGAGACUAAACUGGCCUUCAAAAGGCACUGGCUGCGCAUCAUUUAUAUGGUCAUUUUGAUGGCUUUUAUGAACUUCUUCUCCCAUGGUUCGCAAGACUUGUACCCAACCUUUCUUACAGCGCAGCUGGGUUAUACCCCCACCGAACAAACUGUGACGAAUGUCAUUAUGAAUAUUGGUGCUAUUUGUGGUGGUAUCAUCUUUGGUUACUUGUCGAAUUACUUUGGACGUCGUUUUAUCUUGAGUAUUUGUGCUAUUUGUGCUGGUGCGUUCAUACCUUUGUGGAUUUACGCUCCCAAUAUUCAUGCACUGCAAUUUGGAGCCUUUGUGAUGCAAUUUUUCGUACAAGGAGGAUGGGGCGUUAUUCCUGCACAUAUCAACGAAUUGGCACCUGCUUCUUUCCGAGGUUUGAUCCCAGGAUUAGCUUACCAGCUUGGUAAUCUUGUUAGUGCGGCUUCUAGUCAAAUUGAAGCCACUAUAGGUGAACGAUAUCCACUUCGAAACGCAGACGGUAGUUAUAAACUCAAUAGUAAGGGUAAACCCAUUGCGGAUUAUGGCUUAACUCAAGCAAUAUUCAUGGGAUGCGUUUGCGGUUGCCUAUUAAUCACAGCCUUGGUAGGCAAAGAGGAGCGAAACAAGAACUUUUCUGAAGACCUCGCUGAAGGUCAAACAACUGAUGAUAGCCCUGUUACUUCAGAGGAUGUCAGAGCGAAUCAGAUUGAACAAGGACCUAUGAAAGAGUCUUCUGAGACUUCGUAGACCGUUUACUUUUGCAAAGGUUCUGAAAUUGUUCUUCUCAAGUGUACAUAAUAUCUUCUAUACUGUAUUCUUAAUCACUCUUAUUGUUUCUACAACUUGCCUCUGUUUCUCAAGGCAUGACAAAUGUUGAAUACUCCAACUAAUAAAUUGUUAUCUUGAUGAAUAAUACAAAAAUAGGAAACGACUUCAAUUGUGCCGCAAUAAUUUAUUCGACACACAAUGAUCAACGUCGUCAGUUUGACACUUACGACGCGAAAAGUGCACUGAACGCGUUUCACAUUUUCUUAAAGAUGGAAAAAG